UGUCACGGCAUGCCGGCAGUUAGAAACGUCAUGAUGUAUGGCUGCUGCUCCGACCCUUACACUGAAAUCACCUACACCCUGCUCCUGAAGCGCCGCUCCUCUUUCUACAUCUUCAACCUGCUCCUGCCCUGCUUCCUCAUCUCGUUCCUUGCGCCGCUGGGCUUCUACCUGCCGGCAGACUCUGGGGAGAAGGUUUCCCUUGGGGUCACAGUGCUGCUGGCGCUCACUGUGUUCCAGCUGCUGGUGGCUGAGAGCAUGCCUCCUGCAGAGAGCAUGCCCUACAUAGGAAAGUACUACAUAGCCACAAUGACUAUGAUCACAGCCUCCACGUCUCUCACCAUCUUCAUCAUGAACAUUCACUUCUGUGGUGCGGAGGCUAAACCAGUCCCUCACUGGGCCAAGGUGCUCAUCAUAGACUACAUGUCCAAAAUCUUCUUUGUCUACGAGGUGGGAGAGAACUGCACCACGCCGGAGAGCGAGAGGACCCCGCUGUACCCCGAGGAACCCAUGAAUGAUACCGGCGGCUACCACGACGACCAUUUCAACCAGUACCAUCAUGACAGCGACCCGUACAAGUACAGCAAUGGCCACAGCAUGCAUCACCACAGCAGGCAUCACAAAAGCCAGGUUAACGGCAACGCCAACAAAAGCCACCACCAUUACAACAACCAUAACAACCACGUUUCCAGACUGGAGAGGGGAGAGGGGAAGCGGGAGACCACAAAGCACUACCACCACAUCAGGAGGGACGAACUGGACUACCAGGCCCCUCUUCAUCCGCAAAAUCUCCAGCACCUGAACGGAGGGCUGAAGGAGCAGCUCCUCUAUCCCACGGAGAAACUUCAAGUCCCAGCGUGCCCCUGCUGCUGCCCCUGCCUCCAACAUAAACAGGUGGUAAAGAACAUCCAGUACAUCGCCAACUGUUUCCGUGAGCAGAGAGCUACUUGCGUCAAGGCGGCCGAGUGGAAGAAAGUCGCCAAGGUGAUGGAUAGGUUUUUCAUGUGGAUCUUCUUCAUUAUGGUGUUCCUCAUGAGCAUCCUCAUCAUCGCCAAGGCAUCCUGACAGCCUCCUUCAUCACCAUUGUGAUAACAUUCAUCCUCCAUCACCCCAUUUUUAAUUCAAAGCAGCACAAAUCAGAACUGUUUUAUAUGUGUGUCAGUAUUGUGUGUGUACGUGCGGUUGUGUAAGUUCAUUGUUUUUUUUGCUUUGAUAUAAAGAGGACGAGGUCACCGCGCACCAAUCAUCCGUUCAACCACGAAGGCACAGAAGCACAGAGUUCAUCAAAGCCUCUUGGUUAGUUAACGUCAGGUGUGCUCGCAUGUGUGACGAAGCAGCAGAGUGGUAAGACAAUCUAGGCCUCGCCUUGAACAUGCAUGGAUUCUCCAUUAUUGAUGAGCUAACAGCCAGACAUCCCGCUAUAGGCAUUAUGUUACUUACAAUGCGUUUCAGGCAACCAGAUGAUGCUGCUUUCCAGAGUCAGGUUCAAUGAGAGCAGCAGCAGAUUAACCUUAAAUACCUUAUAUAUGGUUAAUGAUCCCAGGGCUGUCCUUGUGCUAAUCAUCAUGGAAAAAUGUGCACUGUGAAAACAUUUAGUGUUUUUUUUAGUCUAGAUGAUAAGAAAUUGGUUUACAUUAGUUGUCAAUACUUGAAUGAGAGACUUGG